UGUUUUUGUUCUUAGUUUUUCUAUUUAACGAAGUAAUCAAAAUACAGUAAAAAUUUAGUAAUUAAUAGUUGUCAUGAUUUAAAGCUUUGAAGGCAGCAGGAAGAUUUGGGUAUUUUGUUGGAUUGGACACAUAUGUCACAGAAUAUUGUGUAGAUAAACAAUGAAUAAUUGGGUUCAAUUGAAUGAUAAGUUUUAGCUGAUGGGAAAUGACACAUGAAGUGAUGUGUUCAAAUGAAAGUGUUUGCCGGAGUAGUGUUAAAUAGUUGAAUUUUUGAUUGAUGUUAAAGUAUGCGGUUUAAUGCACAAAUAUUAACAGCGUACAAUUAGAAUAAUAUAUACAUAAUUUAUAUGAAAUUGAGUUCAAAAGCACAAAAAAGGAAGAAAUUGGGUUACAAAUUGUUAACACAAGAAAACAGUAACUCAACACACAUUUAUUAUUUGCUCCAUACAAGGAUAUACCUACAUAAGUUCCAAAAUUUUGUUUGCUUCGUUAUUAUUUGGUGUGGUUGCAAUCAUAGCCGUUGUCCUAUUAGAAAUUUAUAAGUGGACAACUGAUGUGACUACAUGCAAUUCCAUGGCACAUUUUACUUGGUAUAACAAACACAACCUGUCUCAAUCUAAUGUGAAUCGUGCGGAUACUGAACAUCAUGUACCGCUUUGUUCCAUUACUGAUGUUCAGUUAAGAUUUUUGGUUCCAGAUGAUUUGACUGAGGUAAGAACAUUAUGCCAAGAUUGGUUUCCCAUUGAUUAUCCGUUGUCAUGGUACGAAGAUAUUACAUCCAGUUCGCGUUUUUUCGCGCUAGCGGCUGUCUACAAUCUAGCUAUAAUAGGAUUAAUAGUUGCCGAAAUCAAACCAUACAGAAAUCUUAACAAAGAGGAUAAAGGAAUUUUACCAGAUUCCAUGGGCCGUAAUGCUGACAUUGGUUAUAUACUUUCAUUGGGUGUGCAUCGAAAACAUCGACGAAAUGGGAUUGGGUCAUUGCUGUUGGACUCCUUGCUAAAUCAUUUGACGACCGCUGAACGUCAUUCGGUGAAAGCGAUAUUUUUACAUGUGCUAACCACAAACCAACCUGCCAUACAAUUCUAUGAAAAAAGAAGAUUUCAUUUGCAUUCAUUCCUUCCCUAUUAUUAUAACAUUCGAGGUAAAGGGAAAGAUGGUUUUACAUAUGUCACAUACAUCAAUGGAGGUCAUCAACCGUGGACAUUAUUAGACCACAUCAAGCACUACGUAUCGAAGUUACAACAUGCUGGUGCAGUUUUCACAUGGAUUUCGACGCGUUUGAGGCAAGUUGUACGUUGGAUUUGUCAUAAAACCGUGUCUCGUUUUAAUUUUGCACAUUAAGUUCAGGAAAUUCACAGAAGCACCGAGUGGUAUAUUCGAAGGAAAGAAAUAAAUCCAAAUCUGUAGAUAUAUAAGUGUAUUUAGCACCGCGCUAGAGAAAUUUCAAAUAGGAAAAUAGUUUGUUUUUAGUUAUUAUAUAUGAAUGAUAGAUGAUGAGAGUUUUUUUUAAAGAAAUAUGCAAACAUAAUCAUGGUUAAAUUGUUGACUGCGUCCAUACAGACAUACAUAUAGGCAUAUUGAAUUGCAUGGAAACUAAUUUUAAAGUAUGUAUAUUAUGUAUAAGUGGUUAAAUUUUAUAAAAGGGUCCAACAAAUGUAUGGAUCCACUGAACACAAUCACUUCAGAUAAUAUUCACCCAUAUCAUUUGGUCCUUCACAUGUUUUAUCUCCAAAUAUUUUAGGAAUAGUAUUUUUGAUUACCACACACAAUUGUAAUCACUUUAAAUUUUUUAUUGCUUUUUUAAUUUUUCGUUUUUAGUAACAAUGUUUUGUGUAAAUACCAUAGAUUUUAUUUUUUGUUAAUUUUUUAUAUAAACCGAUAGUAAUAGUCUCUCUGUUAUAUAGUAUAAUUUUAUUCAGUUUCAGGUCAUAAAGUACAAUAGCCGAGCAUCAAUAAAGACAGUAUAAAAUAAAAAAUAUGCUGUCAGUUUAAAGAAAUACGACAGAUUAAAAAAAAAAACUAAAUACUAAACUAAAAUAAAAACUUACAAAGCAUAUGUAUG